CCCUAGUUUUGCGUUACACACUUUGCCUUGUUGCAGUCAUUAAAUUAAAACAAGAACUACUCGCCAUAGAAAAACGAUAGAAUCUGUUGCAUUUUGUAUAUCGCUAAAUAAGAAUUCUCCUCGGCCUUAUCUUGAAGACUUGUGAAGUUUAUUUAUUUUUUUGUUUAUCGAGCUUUGUUCUUGUCUGUAAGGAUCCUGGAAACUCACUUAGCUCCCAGUCAUAUCUUUACAAUUUACUUAAGAUGACUGACGUGGAUAAGUGGAUCGAGAUCGCGAAGCGGUGUAAAUAUCUACCUGAGGAUGAUCUAAGGGAGCUGUGCAAUAUCGUCUGUGAUUUGUUACUGGAAGAGCCAAAUGUCCAGCCGGUGCAGACGCCUGUUACGGUCUGUGGAGACAUACAUGGACAGUUCUAUGAUUUGGAAGAACUGUUCAACAUAGGCGGUCAAGUGCCACAAACCAAGUACAUAUUCAUGGGGGACUAUGUGGACCGCGGAUAUUAUAGUCUCGAAACACUCACCUUGCUCAUGGCUCUGAAAGCUAGGUAUCCAGAUAGAAUCGUGUUGCUAAGAGGCAACCAUGAAACAUCACAAAUAACCAAAGUGUAUGGAUUUUACGAUGAAUGUUUUAACAAAUAUGGCAAUGUGAACGCUUGGAAAGACUGUUGUAGGGUGUUUGAUCUACUGACGGUGGCGGCGUUGAUAGACGAGACAGUACUCUGCGUGCACGGCGGUCUAUCUCCAGAGAUAUCGAUGAUCGACGAAAUACGUUGCAUAGACAGAAACCAGCAGAUCCCCCACAAGGGAGCCUUCUGCGACCUGCUCUGGUCCGACCCGGCGGAUGUAGAUAUGUGGUCAGUAAGCCCCCGAGGUGCGGGUUGGCUGUUCGGCAGCCACGUGACUGAGCUUUUUAUGAACUACAAUAAUUUGAAUUUGAUAUGCCGGGCCCAUCAGCUCGUCAAUGAAGGCUACAAAUACAUGUUCGACAAGCGGCUAGUGACCGUCUGGUCAGCCCCCAACUACUGCUAUCGCUGCGGGAACGUCGCUUCAAUAAUGGAGUUCAAAACGGUCUCGUUCCGAGUUGCAAAGCUAUUCCAAGCAGUCCCCGACGCCGAGAGAGAAGUGCCCCCACAGCACACCACCCCGUAUUUCUUAUAAGGAUAAAUGAAGUAUUACAAUAUGUAGUGAAAUAAUUAUCAAUUGUAUGUAAUAUUUUGUAUAAUAAAUUGUUGCACAUUUUA